AUGUUGCGCCGUAAGAGCUCUCUUAACGAUAUGGAGAAUGACGAGUUUAGUGCCUACUCGCUCCCUCCUUUUGCUAAUGCACGAAAUAGAGCGGUUGCUGAACAGGUCAAGGCUAAUGAGGCGCGUCUCGCAAAAUUACAGGCUCAAUAUGAAGAUCAUGCAUCUCGAGCAGACGCUAUGGCCGGACACAUGAGAAAUGUCCAACAGGAGCUCCAAUACAUUCAAGGACUAUACGAGGCCAAGAAUCGUGAAAUUCAAUCUGAAGAGCACUUCAAAAGUCUGGCUCAACGUGAAUUGGGACGAUUGUCUGUAGAGCAAAAGAGAAUCGAAAAGGAUAUCUCACAAGUCUCGGAAAACAUAACGGCCAUUCAAACGUCCAUACAUCGAGGAAACGAGCGAGUCGACACUCUAAGACGAGAACUCCGUAUCGAACGUGAAGAACUAGACGAAUGGGUUCGAGCUCAAGCCGAAAAGGAAGAAGACAACCAAGCAAUCUUGAAAUACUCUAAAGAGGACGAAGCUCGCAUCCGCGAUCUAUCUCUCCAAAUAGAACGAGCUGUGGCUGAAGUCUCGCGGAAAAAAGCUCAACUCAGUGCCGAAGUAACUGAAACUCGAGUAGCCCAGCUCGAACUGGAUCGAGCUACAGACUCCUUCCGUAAACUCCAUUCUGAACGACAAAAUUUGAUUCAGAAAUGGCAGGAUGCUAUACAGGAGAUGCAAGUACGAGAUGAGGAUAUCACGCAAGCUCAAGUCCGUCAUCGAGAAUCGAAUGAAGAAGUGGCUAGGAAACGGGCAUUGAUUGAUGAACGAAGGGCUUUAUUGGAGUCUCAAGAACAGGCUAAUAGUGAAACCGAAAAGAAGAUAUUCUUGACUGAACGGUCUGUUGUUAAACUUCGUGAACAGCAACAGGAAGCUUCGAGGGCUUUGAUUGAAUACCGUGAUGAAGUCAAUGUGCUGAAGGGAAGCUUGUCCAAAGCGAGUGCCGAUGUAUAUGCACGAAGAUCCGAAAUCACUCAAUUGAAGAGUGAAAUCGAGGACGGUAGUGCUCGACUAUCACGCGAAGUGGCUCAUAGAGACGCUGCUGUAGCCAAGAUGGCAGAAAUCAAGAAUAAGACUAUGACCAUUGAAUCGAAAGCUUCAGAGUAUGCAACGAUGCUCCAAGCUGAGGAAUCACGUAGCAAAGAACUGGAUAAGGAUAUCAAGACUCUUCGUGACCAGCAAUUCAAGAGAACACAAGAAUUGCACAAGAUGAGGACAUCUGAAAAGGCACUAGUCGCUGCAAUUGCUGGAAACGAAGCAACUCUUAAGAACUUGAAGGCUAAAGUUCACAAGCUUGACCAGGAUGCCCUGAAACAGCAAUCAUUGCUCUAUGCACAAGAGUUCGCCAUUCAGCAAUUAGAACGUCGUGUUCGUCGUGCAAAGGGAGAACGAUCUGAGGAAGAACGAGAAGCCUUGAACAAACGUAUUUCAGAGUUGACUGCGACCUUAGAACAACAAACAAAACAUUCCGUUCUGUUGAAUGCUCAAUUGAAGAAGGCUCAAGAGGAUGUUAGACAUGCCAAGAAGAAGAGUGAAGGUCUACAGAAAGAAAAGGAAGUGGUCCUUCAAGGAAUUGAUGAGUUGACGCUAUACAACGACAGUGCUGCCCAGCAACUAUCCCAAAAAGUCCGUGAAAAGGAAGACAUCAUGGUUGAAGAAAACUUAACUCGUCUAGAACUCAGACGCCUACGUUUCCUCCUUUCAUCUCGCGCCGAAACUGUCUUUGAUCUGGAAACACGACAACUGACACUCAAACUCGGAUUGGAAGAACGAUUAUCAGACAUCCAGUCACAUACAUCCAUCCUGCGUGCUCGUCAUCGAGAUGUGGAAGAAGCCAAGAGUAAAGUGAUGGUCGAGUUACGUGAACGGGUUGCUGGUAUUGAAAAAUUGAAGAAGAGAUAUGAUAUCGUUGUUAAUCAGAUGGGGAAUAAUGAGGAUGGAGAGGCUGGAGAGACCAAGACUCAGGCAUAUUAUGUGAUCAAGGCUGCUCAAGAACGAGAAGAGUUGCAACGUGAAGGUGAUACCCUUGAUGUCAGUAUUCGCAAAAUGGAACGUGAAGUUCGGGCAUUGGAGAAUACUUUGAAACUCCUCAAUGACCGCAACGAUUCAUACCGUAACCAUGUUUACAAGUCAGAAGUAGACGCCAAAGACGUCCAACACAAACAAAUGCUCGAACAGCAAUACAACGCAAUCAUGUCCCAAACAAGACUCUGCACCAUGGAAGCGGACCGAAUCCGAUCAUCCCUCUCCGAACUCGAAUCCAAAAUCUCUGAGCUCUCCAAACGCGAAACACAUCUCGUAUCCAGCACACAACACUUGGAAACCCGAUUGACGAGUCUACGUAAAGAUGUGGAUGAUUUACAAGCGCGACGAACAAGAGCAAGCAAUCAAGUAGUCAAGAUGGCCAAAGAUUUGAGAAAGGCUAGAGACGGAGAAGUUCGACAUGAUGAAUUGGAUUUAGCAAUAAGAACUGGUCGUGAUGUGCUGAGUGUAUCUGUGGAUGCUAUUGUUAAGGCUGUUGAGAUUCAUUGUGGAGGUGAUGCGACUAGGAUGAUGGAGCAUUUGCGUGCUGAGAUCGCAUUAGCUGCUCCAUCAAUCCCAGCUUCAAGAUCAACCUCUCGCGCAUCAUCACAUGCAGACGAUACAUCUUCGACCAAUGGAUCUGAAUCUGGUGGGACAAGACCAUCUUCUCGUGCAUCGAGUUACGGCAUGGCACCACGACGAUCUGUGCCAACGAAAAAGAGUACUGGCAAAGAACCGGCAACAACCAAAGGAGCAUCUAGGACUGAUUUGGAUGCUUCCAUGAUCACACCACCACAACUACCACGCGCAUCAUCACUAGUCGGUUCAACAUCCAAGAGACCAAGUGUCAUUCAGCCUGGGGUUUCAUCACGACAAGGACCUGGGAUAUCAAGUCGAGCAACUCCCGUCACGUCUGGAAGAGCAACACCUUAUGCAACGAUGCUUCAGGCCAAGAAAUCAUCAAGAUCAACAUCUCGCGUAUCAUCCAAACCAGACGACACCUCAUCGUCUAAUCAGUUUGAAGCUGGUGGAUCAAGACCGUCUUCGCGUGCAUCGAGUCACGGAAUGGCACCACGUCGAUCUGCUGUGAAGGCUCAUUGUGGAGAAGAUGAAAGAGUCAAGCUCGGUGGUGAAGUACAAGACAUCCGACCUCUAGCUGCAUGCGCUGACGGAUAA